GACUUGGCCAUGAAGGACGCCCAUAUCCUGAUCCUUGCGACCCGCCUCCGGGGAGAAGCAGGAGGUGGCCGCUGGGCCUACCCGGUGCAGCUCUUUGCCGGAGGGGAGAAUGCAUUCCCUGCCAGCAUUGAAGAGGAGGUGUUGGUCCCUCCCUUCACGAGGUACUAUUUCGAGCCGGAAACAGAGGUGUCGAGUGCCCAGACGCCAGAGGAGCGCAGCCGGAG